UGAAACAACUACAGUGCUGUCUGAAGCGCACGGCAAGUGGCGAAUUAAGCUUUCCACGAUCCCAAAGCGGCUGAGUCUUGCCGUCGCAGGGGUCCGCCACGUGCCUUGCAUGUCAAGCCACCUGACUGGCCCUCGACGCCGCAGAUCACCAUCACGUCUCAUAUCUGAUGCCAGCGAGCUUCCUUGUGACCUUGCGACGCCUAACUGCCUGGCGCGGGCAUGACUGGCUGGGGCUGUGUUAGCUCGCUCUCCUGUAUCAUUCAUCAUCUUUCUUGCACCAACUACAAACAUACAUAGGCACCUACAUCCCUUUGUCUGAAGCUCCAUCUCAUCAUAUCGUUCCAUUUCCUGGUCAUUGCAUUCACCCGGAUCCCGCAGGCCGUGCAUUACCUGCAUACACCUUGCAACGACCCCGGUGCUGCUCGCCCACUGGCCACCCAGCCUUUGCAUCUGUCGUACAUCAUCCAUUGCGACCUGCUGUAUACAGUCGGCGUUCCCGAGGCUAUCCAGCUGUGCUACCCAUCCUUUUUACGACACUCGAAGCCUUGCCGAGCCAUAGCGAAUAGCAAGCCAUCUCUGCAGCAACCUGCAAUCUUUGGAAUUGUCGAUCGUUCUGCAAUACCCUGUACAGACCUUCUUACUCGAGUGUAGCUGGCGGCUACCUAGCCUAGUGUACCAUUCUCGAUUCUCCAUUACAUACAACACACUACCGAUCAAACAUGGCCAUUAUAGAUCUAUCGAGUAUAAAACAUGUCUUCUCGGCCGCCCCUCCUGCCUCCUCUCUACCGGCCACAUCGUCUUCUUUGCUAGGUUCCGAAACAAUGCCAUCUUUGCCCUCCGUUCGAAGCUUGUCUAAGCUUGCCUUUGGGGGCGCACAGGUCCUGCUCGGUGGUGGGCAGACGGUCCUCGGAGGUACACCGGCGACAUGCGCCAAUCCCCAGUUGAGCUGCCACAACACCACCAUCGUAGAGGAUCUUUGCUGUUUCAACGCUCCGGGCGGACAGAUGCUGCAGACCCAGUUCUGGGACACCAAUCCACCUACAGGGCCCAGUGAUAGCUGGACACUCCAUGGUCUUUGGCCAGACCGUUGUGAUGGAACUUACGAUGCAAAUUGUGACUCUUCUCGCGCAUACAAGAACAUAUCAGCUAUCAUUAAGGAUUUUGGAAAGACGGAGCUGCUCGACUACAUGAGCACCUACUGGAAAGACUACAAUGGCGACGACGAAACGUUCUGGCAACACGAAUGGGCAAAACACGGUACUUGCAUCUCCACACUAGAGCCAGAUUGCUACUCCGAACACAAACCCACCGAAGAAGUAGUAGACUACUUUCAAAAAGCCGCAGACCUCUUCAAGUCUCUCCCAUCAUACCAGUGGCUUGCUGAAGCAUCCAUAACCCCCUCCACAACAGCGACCUACACCACCGCGCAAAUCCAAGCUGCCCUCGCCGCAAAGCGCCCCGGCGUCUCCGUCACCCUGGGCUGCCGCUCCGGAAUCCUCAACGAGAUCUGGUAUCACUACGACGUCCGUGGCUCAGUCCAAACCGGCGAAUUUGUCCCCGCGGAUCCAGACGGCACCAAAUCCUCGUGCCCCGCAACGGGGAUCCGGUACCUCCCCAAGGGCGCUUCCCCCGGCGAUCCUCCCUCUACUACCACGACUUCCAGUGGCGGCAGUGUACCUACGGGAGCACCUUUUGCGGGCAAGGGGUUCCUGAAUGUCGACGUCGACGGCGCGAAGAAAGGAUGCAUCAUUUCCGCCGGCACGUGGUAUACCAGCGGCACCUGCGCGACAUUUACGGCAGCGGCUUCUGGCGGUGGGUUUGAGCUCAGCUCGUCCAAGGGGAAGUGUGGCGUCGUGAGUGGUGUGUUCACGUGUGGUGGUAGUGUCAAGACCGCGACGAGUUUCACAGGUGUCGAGGGCAAGCUUGCAGCGGGUGGGAAUGCGCAGUGGAGUGCUGAUAAAGUUGCGAGCGGGUCCACGCAGGAGAAGGUGUAUGCUGGAGGCGAGAAGGAGGUGAAGGUUGAAAUCAUGUGGCAGGGUGUUUGA